AUGGCACAGGACACGAGCCCCCUCUUCCUCGGUUUAGACCUAUCGACGCAGGCGCUCAAGGCCUCGCUCCUGGAUAUCAACUUGAAUGGCAUCGACGAGGCGCUCGUGCGCUUUGAUGUGGAUUUGCCUAUGUACGAAACGUGCGGCGGCAUUCUGCCACAGGGACAUGCGCUGCUGGACGAGCCGGACGCUGCAGCGUCGCCAGCCAUGAUGUACCUGGCUGCGAUGGACAAGCUCUGGGACCGUGUGAAGCAUGAGCGACGCUGGCCGAUCGAGCGCAUUGCUGCGAUUAGUGCCGCUGGCCAACAGCAUGCGUCUGUGUACCUUGCAGAGGGCGCCACGCACAAGCUGCAGCAGGUUCGCAGCGAUAUGCCACUUGCCAACCAACUUGACACUACGUUCUUUUCGCGCGCUACGGUCCCGAACUGGCAGGAUGCGACGACGUUGCAGGAAUGCGACGAACUCAUGGCGGCGGCGGACAAGGCCUUUGACGAGCCGUCGCCAGCGCUGUGCCGCGUCACAGGCAGUAUUGCGCACACGCGUUUCACCGCAGCACAGAUUCUGCGCUGGCGCAGGGCACGGCCGGACGAGUAUGCUCAUACACAAACCAUUGCAUUGGUCAGCAACUUUGUCGCGACGUUGCUAACGGCGGGCCGGGAUGUGGUGAUGGCACCGAUUGAUCAGAGCGAUGCGUGUGGUAUGAACUUGUACGAUAUGCGCCAGCGUGCGUGGAGCAAGGAGCUCUUAGCGUUUAUCGCUGGUGGCGCAGAGCACGCCGCCGAUCUAGAAGCCAAGCUCGGCGUAGUGGCCACGGAUCCGCGGCACAUUGUCGCACGAGCUGGUACCUGGUUCCAAGAGCGGUAUGGCGUUUCCCCAGACUGCCUUGUCUGCCAAGCCACCGGUGACAACCCGGCCACGCUGCAGUGCCUGACCCCGCUCUUUGGCGAGGCUGUACUGUCCCUCGGUACCUCUGAUACAAUUCUGCUACCGAGCCGAGACUACGCGCCUGAUGUGCACUUCCAUACGUUUGAGCACCCAGCGAGCAGUCAUUCGCACGACAAGGAAAUGACGCCGCCAUACUUCCAAAUGUUUGUGUACAAGAACGGAUCGCUCGCGCGUGAGUGGGUUCGCGAUACCUACUGCCAUGGCACGUGGACGGAAUUCAACGAGGCGAUGCAUGCGUCGCCUACACCGUCGCACGGAACGGGCUUUUACUGGCGUCGCCCCGAGAUUAUUCCGUGGAACGCCAGCGGUGUGCAUCGCUUUGCGCCAGACGGACAACGUCUCGAGGAGUUUGCCGAGCCUACCUACAAUGCCGCUGCUAUGGUACAGAGCCAGGCAAUGUCGUUCAAGACGCGGAUUGGCCACGUCCUAACGAAAGCCAACGUGCCCCUGGAACGCGUCUAUGUCGUAGGCGGUGCCGCGGAGAACCAGGCGCUGUGCCAGGUGCUUGCGAACGUGCUGCAUUGCCCUAUUGCGCGUCCGCUCAUCCAGGGCCGCUCGGCAGAGACAGGCGAACGUGUGCCGUACAAUUACUGCUCGGUCGGAGCGGCCUUCCGCGCUCGAUGGGUAUGGGAAUGUGCUACGAAAGAGCACACAGAGGUAUCAUUUGAGGCGUGCGUGGCGCAGGCGCGUGGCGAGGCCGGAGCGGUGACGUACACAGUGAUCGCCACGCCGCAAGAGGACAUCGCUACGACGUUUGACGUUUAUGUCGAUACAUGGACCGCAUGGGAAAAGGCCGCACAGACCGCCUAA